GUCUCGUACCCCCAGGUGGGAGGCGCAUUUGCCUCCACCUCGCUUGUCGAAUGCCAGGCGCAGCCCAGGAAGUCCCAGGUGGGAUUCAACGAGGUGGUGGAGGUCCUGGAGUUCGGCCGCCUCUUGGGAGGCUCCGGCGGGGUGCCUACGGAUGGGACCUGGGCUAGCUUGGGCUUGGGCCAGGUGAUGGGCCAAACCCGCGCGCCUUUGCUGGUGGAAGACCCGGAGGUGCGGGAGGCUCAGCCCAUCCCGCAGAGGAAGCGGAUCGCGAUGCUGGCGACUUUCAUGGGUAAGGCGCACUUCGAGGAGGUGAAGAAGACCGAGCAGAAGCAGAUGCAGACCUUGCAGAGGAACCGCAUGCAGACCACAGAGGAGGAGCAGUGCGAAUGGGACCAGAUGCCCAGCUCCAUGGAGGAGGCGCUGACCCGUGCGCAGAAGCUGGCGGCGGAGACGGAGGGGCGGACUCAUCGCACCUGGACGGCUCAUAGGUCGGCUCCUCCUCAGAGGAGUGCUAUAAGCCCGGUUGCGAGAGAGGCGCCAAAGAGUGCCGGCGCCUUCCAGGAGCCGCCAGACCUCGAGGCAGAGCCUCCGGGACUGACGCUCCCGCAGCCAGAACCGGCUGCUGCCAAAAGCGAGCAGAUACUGCCUGAAGCAGAGAUGCUGAAGGAGGAGCAGCAGGAGGCGGAGAAGGUCAGGCAAGAGCCACGGGAGGAAGCACCUGCUGUUCGAGUGGAAGAUGUCCCGGAAGAUGUUCCAGAAGUGGAGUCUGUCGAGGAACCACAUCAAGAGGAGGACGAGGAGGAGGAGGAAGAAGAAGAGGAGGAAGACAAACAAGAGCUUGUCGAGGAACCGGCUGCUGCCAAAAGCGAGCAGAUACUGCCUGAAGCAGAGAUGCUGAAGGAGGAGCAGCAGGAGGCGGAGAAGGUCAGGCAAGAGCCACGAGAGGAAGCACCUGCUGUUCGAGUGGAGGAUGUUCCGGAAGAUGUUCCAGAAGUGGAGUCUGUCGAGGAACCACAUCAAGAGGAGGAAGAGGAGGAGGAAGACGAGCAAGAGCUUGACGAGGAACCGGCUGCUGCCAAAAGCGAGCAGACACUGCCCGCAGCAGAGAUGCUGAAGGAGGAGCAGCAGGAGGCGGAGAAGGUCAGGCAAGAGCCACGAGAGGAAGCACCUGCUGUUCGAGUGGAAGAUGUCCCGGAAGAUGUUCCGGAAGUGCAGGAGCCACAUCAAGAGAAGGAGGAGAAGGGCAAGCAGCUUGACGAGGAACCGGCUGCUGUCAAAAGCGAGCAGAUCCUGCCCGAAGCAGAGAUUUUGAAGGAGGAGCAGCAGGAAGCGGAGAAGGUCAGGCAAGAGCCACGAGAGGGAGCGCCUGCUGCUCAGCCGCUGCAAAAGCAACGGGAGGAAGCAAAGGAGCGCAGACGAAAGGAGCCCUCACAGCCGGUGCGGCGAGUGAUGCUUCGGAAGUCGCCCUCAGACGAGGAGAUGUCAGGCGCCCCAGAAAUGAGGAUGACGCAGGCAAUGGGCCCGAAGAUCCUCCUGCGCGCGGCGCCGCCGCCCCCGCCGCCGCGUCCGGCGCCAGCGGCGCCAGCGGCGCAAGCGACGGCGAGGCCACAGGAGGCCCGGAAGGGCGGUGAGUCCGAGAAGUCGGGCCCGGCUUCCUGGCUCGCGCUCGAGGGCCCAGGAUCGGUUCAAGGAUCAGAGCCCUCGAGGGUCCGGAUCCUGCAGCGCGAGCUGCGGGAAGGACCUGAGGCGCCAGCCGGAAAGCCUUCGGCGCAGGAGGGUGCCGAGGCAGAGGAUGCGCCAGCGCCCCGCCGCAGCUGGCGCGCGCGGAAGCCGGACGCCGCCCCGAGGGCAGCCCGCCCAGAGGAGCCAGCCCGACAAGUCCGGGAAGCGGAGGAGCCGCCGCGACGUGUUCGAGAGGUCCAGGAGGCCUGGCCGAGCCCUGAGCGCCCUGCCGAGCGCCAGGCCCUUAGGCGACAUGCUCGAGGAGCUUGGGCGGACUGGUCAGAGGAAGCGAAGUCAGACGUGGCUUGGCCGGUGUGGCCACCGAGCAACGGCGGCCUAUCCAAGGCCCCCCAGAGCGCUUCCGACUGGCUGGGGCCGCCAGAGGACCCCCCGCCGAAGCCGGCGCCGAAGCCGACGCCGACUCCGGCGAAGCUGCCGUCGGCGUGGGCUUCGGCCGCGGCUCCCAAGAAGGGCGCUUCAUCUGCGGCAACAUCAGGCUGGCGGCCAAGUUUGAGGCCGCUGCCUGGACGGCGGUGUUGACGGAACAG